CGAAAAUCACAUCGAGAGGUUUAGAGCGAUUGUUCAGAAGAAAGUUUUAAAAUGUACAUCUUCUACUUUUUAGGUAUUUUUUUCUUGUGUAUUAUUCAGUCAAUAUGUGUAAAUUAUAAAGAAGAUUACUUUGAUCAAAAGGUUGAUCAUUUUAACUAUUUAUCUACUGGAAAUUUAACCUUCAAGCAACGUUACUUUUACAUUGAUACUUGGUGGGACAGAGAAAACGGUCCUAUAUUUUUCUACGCGGGCAAUGAAGGUGACAUAGUUGGAUUUUGGGAAAAUACUGGAUUCAUGUUUCGCAUAGCACCCGAAUUUAAUGCAUUGGUGUUAUUUGCUGAACAUAGAUAUUACGGCAAAUCCCUUCCAUUUGGAAAUGACAGCUUUGAAGUUCCCACCAUAGGUUUUCUGAGCAUUGAACAAGCCCUUGCUGAUUACGCAUUUUUUCUCAAGAGUUUCAAGAAGACAUUUAAAGUUGAGAGGAAUCCAGUCAUAGCGUUUGGUGGCAGUUAUGGAGGCAUGUUAGCUGCUUACAUGCGUUUUAAGUAUCCCAACAUCAUACAUGGAGCUAUUGCUGCUAGUGCUCCCAUUUAUCUUGUUGCGGGAAAAGUGUCAGGAGACAUUUUCUUCCAGGCAAUAACAAAAGAUUUUCGAGAUGUUUCUCCUCAGUGUGAAGCUAAAGUUCGAGCAGGAUUUACCCAGACGCAGAAAUGGGCCUCAGCUGGACAGAGUGGAUUCGAAGAGAUUUCCAGAACUUUCAGACUCUGCAAGCCAAUAAGCAGUUAUAAAGAUUACCAACACCUUCUUUUGUGGAUUCGAAAUGCUUUUGUUUACGCUGCCAUGAUGGAUUAUCCUUACGCAUCUUCAUUUUUUUCGAAUUUUCCUGCCUAUCCUGUAAAAGUCAUGUGUAACUUAUUAAUGGCGGCCUCUAGACCAGCAGAUGGGCUCCGAGAAGCAAGUGCUCUUUAUUACAACGCAUCGCAGCCUUUCAAGUGCUUUGAUAUUUACGAAGAAUAUUUGUACUGUGCUGAUCCAACAGGAUGUGGUUUAGGCUUUGAUAGCAAAGCUUGGGAUUAUCAGGCUUGUACAGAGAUCAAUCUUGAAGGUAGUACAACGGGAGACAAAGAUAUGUUCCCUCCUUUGCCUUUCAACUCCUCGAUGAGAGAUGAGUAUUGCAUGAAAACUUGGAAGGUACUUCCACGCAGAAAUGUUUUAGACGUCAUAUUCUGGGGUGAAGAUAUAACAUCAGCUUCUAAUAUUGUCUUCAGCAAUGGAAAUUUGGAUCCUUGGGCACCUGGAGGAGUUCUACAGAAUAUUUCGGACUCACUCGUUGCAGUUAUGGUUGAUGGAGGAGCUCAUCAUUUAGAUCUAAGGGCGGACAACCCGAGUGAUCCACCUUCUGUAAGAGUGGCCAGAGAUUUCGAAAGAAGAAAUAUUCAGAAGUGGUUGCAGAAUUAUAGAUGAAUUCAAGAGAUAUAUUCGUAAAUAACUCCAGGAAUGUAGAUGAAUUUUAACUAGUCUUUGAAAUGUGCUCGUUCAAGUACAGAUUCUGUUCUCAAAUACGUAUCAGGAAAUAUAUUUUUGAUGUUAUAACAUUUUAUAAUUUAGAAGUGUUAUGAAAAUGAAUAUUAUAUGAAUACUUUAUAUAGGCUAAAAACACGUGAGAAUAUUACAAAUUAAUUAAUUUAAUAAAAUAUGCUUUUGUCAAUGA